AUGAAUUUACCAUCCACACCACAAUGUCCUGAACAACAACAACAACAACAACAACAACAACAACAACAACAACAACAACAACAACAACAACAACAACCUUUACCUAGGUGGGAAUUGGAAGCCAUUCACGCAGCAUUGUCCAGGUUUCGUUUAUCAUAUACAGAGACCGGGAUUCAUAUGGAAGCCAAUAUAUCAACUGCCUCCGAGUUACGCUCUCUUGUCGAUGCCUUUGCACAAUUAUCUUGUAGUCCUUCAUCCAAUGUCACACAAAAUUCAUCUUUUAAUAUUGACUCAUCCAAUCGUCGAGAUAGUGUUGUUCUUUAUCGCAACAAAUCCUGCAAAGCGGUACCUGCCAAUGAUAAGGUUCUAGUUGGUUUUUUGGGUCAAGCAAUUCAUCCUCAUUCAAGUCAUCAUGGUAUCAUCACCUUACGACAAAUAGCUGAUUCAUGUGUGGAAGCCUAUUUUACUUGUUGGGUACGUUAUACGCCUGUUCUUCAACGACAAGAAUUUAUGAAAUGGUAUACUCUACAAGACUCCCCUCAAGAUACUCUGAUUGUGAAUGCUCUCUGUUCCAUGAUCUUUCGUCACGUCGUCACUCAUCAUCAUGACUGCUCACCUGGUUUACAACACUUUUUACAUGAUCCUGAUAUGGUUCAUGAACAAGAAGAAUUCUUUUUCAAUCGUGCUCGUGAUGCUUUGGCGCAGUCGUUUGAUACACCUGAUCGAUUCACUGUAAUAGCCUUGACCUUUUUAUGUGUACGUGCUGAACCAAGUCGACGACAACAUUAUGGUGGAUUAGCUGUCUCUUUGUUACAACAACUUCAUAUUUAUCCACAAUCAAACAACAACGAUAAUGAUGAUGAUGAUUAUGCUUUGGAAUUGGAUACUAGACUUUGGUGGUAUGUUUGGCAAAUCGACUUUUCUCAUUGGACAACUGGUUUACCUAGAAUCACUCCUUUACUGCAGUUACCCAAUCAACGUUAUGAUCAAGUAGAUUUCCCUUUGGUAUUUGAACAAGAUAUGGAUGAAAGUGACAUUCCAAUUCUGGUACAUUCCCAUACACUAGCUCUUUGGCGCAUUCAAACUGAUAUUAUCACUACGAUGUAUGAACAAGACUCUGAAUUGACAAGUGAACAAUUGAUUGAUUUUGAUGCUCAAUUGAAUGAAGUUUAUGAUCGUGUACCAACAUGUAUGAAAUCAUUGGAAACUAUGACAGAAACCAAUUCUAUUCAUGGCGAUAAACAAUACAAUAACGACAUGGAAUUAGCAAGAGCAAGAAUUAAUUUGGAAUACAAUGCAAGUAGAAUCAUCCUUCACAGACUAUUUACUCCCGAUGUUGGUGAUGGGCGACCAAGUCAAUCUGCUUUGGCAUCAUUGAAUGUAUGCAUCCGUGCAGCUCUGGAUCAACUUGAUCUCUUGGCAAAAUGUAUCCAAUCUACAAUUCGAUGUGCAUUUGAUUUAUUUGAACUCUAUAGGGUGGGUCGGAUUCUUACUAUGGCAUUAGAUAUUUAUCGAACAAUUAUUCAAGAUGAUUCUCUUCUUCAGGUCAUGAUGCAUGGUAUUCCUAGCUGCGAAGGGUUUGGAUUUUUGGAAAAACAAUUGGAACGUGCUUUGAAUGUAUUGGAAAGGACACCAGAGGGCAAAGUAGGUACUAAGAUUUGGAUUCAAGUGGCUGAUUUUUUACAUAUGGAAGUACGACGACAUCGACUCUAUUCUAGGAAACAUUCUCGACUCUCAUCACAAACGCUUUCCAUUAUUUCCUUUGCCUCACCAAUGACACCGUUGACAUUGUCAUCACCCUCCUCUUCUUUUUCAUCAACAACAUCACAAGCAACAUCCGCAAAAUCAUCCAAUAAAAAGCAUACAUCCGUUCGACAACGACAAUCAUCCACUUCAUCAAUAUCAUCAUCGUCAUCAUCAUCAUCAUCCAAACGAUCGUCUCCUCCAAUUCAAACCUUUGUUCAAGCAACCUGUAAUACUUUUGAUGGAAAGAAUCAACCUCGUUUCCGGUAUUUCAAUCCAAGAAAAAUGAACAAGUUUUUAUUCAUUGAUGAAAGUCGAUGA